AUGGUUGCUUCCGCCGAUUUCGAAAGCGUUGUAAUAAUGGAGUUGACCCAGAUUAAAAAAGAAAACGAUAGUGUGGUUGCUCCCGCCGAUUUUGAAAGCGUUGUGGCGUUGGUGUUGACAACUAUGGUUUCUCCCGCCGAUUUCGAAAGCGUUGUGACAAUGGUGUUGGCUCAGGUUAAAAAAGAAAACGAUGCUGUGGUUGCUCCCGUUGAUUUCGAAAGCGUUGUGGCGUUGAUAGGGACACGAAGUUCUGCCUGGACACUAUUGGGUGCGGACCAGACGGUUUUGAGACUAUUGGGUGCGGACCAGACGGUUUUGGAGACUAUUGGGUGCGGACCAGACGGUUUUGACACCACUGUAUGCUUGACAGUCUCAUUUUCAAUCGGUCAUGCUUAG